UCGCAGUCGAACCCAGCUGCAGUUGGUGCGGUUGGCCGUCGGUCGCCUCUGCCCGAGGCUUGCUGGACGCGAUGCCGCCUGAGAGCGGCGCCCCGGGGCUGGCGCGUUAGGGCAAGACGGGGCUGCGGCUGCGGCGCCUUCCCUUUGCCCGGCCGGCCGGCGGGGGCAGCUUCCAUCAGGCCCGCCGCCUUCCUCCGCAGAACAGUCCGGUGGAAAGAGCAGCCCCUCCCGGCGCCUUCACGGCCACCGGGAGCCCUUGGCCGUCUGCGGCGAGGACACGCCGGCUCUCCCGCCGCGCUCGCCCAUCGGGGGCGUCCCAAGAGCGGAGGGGGAGAAGACAUCCAGCCGCGGGCGGUUUCUGAGACUUCGACGCCCGCCCGAGCGAGACCGGCGAUGGAUGCUCAGCCACCGAGCGCGGGGCGCCUCAUUCCCCCCCAUCUUCCCCAGCGCCGCGGCGGAGCCUAGUGCCAGGCGGGAGACCCCGGACCCUCUCCGCGGCUUCCGACUCUCUUCCUCCCCCCCCCCCCAUGAGCGAGGAAGGGGAAAAAGUUGGGAGCCGUUUCUUCUUCGGGGGGGAGGAGCCACCGAAGUCGGAAAGCGAGUGAUCGGGGAGCCAAAGAAAACCACAGGCGGACGAUUCAAAGCCGACUCCGGCCCGGACUGGCGUCCCUGCGGGGCCGGCCGGCGAAUCUGGCCUCAGGCCAAGCGGGGAUGCCUCCCCUCCCGAGAGGCCGGCGGGAUCGGGGCCGCCGCUGAACGCUCCCGCGUGUCGCCCUGCGUGGCUCUCCUCCUCCUCCCGCGCCUGGGUGGAGCCUCCCCUUCGCCGGCGGGAGGAGGCGGAUGCUCGGCUUCUCCCUAAACAGCCGGCUGAGUAUCGCCGGGAGGAGCCGCGAGGGGAAGCCACGAGGAUGCCGCUGGGGGCCGGCCUGAGCUGGGGCUGAGUCCGGGCAGGGGGCGGACCGACGUGGAUGGAGAGAGGGACUGUCGCGUGGCUGGGCGGCGGGGGGCGCCAGGCGGCACGCCCCGACCCCUGGCGCUGAGCGAGCAGCUCCGGCUCUUCCUCCAGAAAUGCUGCAUCAUGAACCCGCCGACGAUCCCGCUCUGAGCCCCAAGCGGCCGGAGAGCGGCUCCCCCGGCGCCCGCUAGCAGCGGUGGGGACGGGCCGAGGAGGACAGGGAGGCGCGGCCAGAGGGAGACGCUCCGACCCCCCGCCCUGCCUCUAUCCGGCCGGGGUCUCGGUCGCAAGACGGCGAUGCUUCGGCUGUAGAUUCCGGGCAGGGAGGGGAAUUCCGGGUCCCCGAAGAAGAGCAAAGUGCCUGCAAAGCGGAGGGAGGGGAAGAGGAGGAGGAAGAGGACUCGCCCCUCCCCGCCUUCUCCCUCGGAGCAUCUCACCCGACAACUCCUCAACUUCUCAUCCAGUCGCCGGAGCCGCUUCUCCGGGGCGGCGAGAACUUCUUCUCGGUCCGUACGCGCUCGUGGCUGGCUCUGGCGUUUGCGCGGCGAGUUCAGACGAACGGGAGACGACACGCGUCAAGCUAACUAGCCGCGGCUGAAGUCGCCGAGCGCCGGGACGCUCGCAAAGCCCGAGACGGGGAUAAAAGCGACUCCGGCGAGGUUCUUCCGUCGGCUUCGGAAGAGCCGUCCGCCUCGCCCGGGGCGCCUGGUGCUGCUGCGUGGCCGCCGGAGGGGGCCCCUUGGCCGGCUCUCGCGGAGCGCCCAUGCUGCUGCCGCGGAAGUGGCCGGGCUGGCCGCCGUCGGCGCUGCGGCUGCCGCAGAAGUUCCUUUUCCUGCUCUUCCUCUCGGGCCUGCUCACGCUCUGCUUCGGCGCCCUCUUCUUGCUGCCCGACUCCUCCCGCGUCAAGCGCCUCUUCAUGCCCCGCCACGGCGGAGCCGAGCUGGAAGCGCCCCGCAGCCCCCCGCCGGGAGCCGGCCUGGCCCGCCACCUGCCCGCCAACGCCAGCCCGCCCGCGCCGCCGCCGCCGCCCUCCCGCCGCCUCCGGGACCCCGCCGAGCUCCCGCCCGGAGCGCACUCGGAUCCGGCCUCCCGACGGACCCUCCCGCCCGGCGAGCAGAGCGCCUCGGCGCCUCCCUUGCAGCAGACGCGCGCCCCGUUCCGCUUCGACUACGCGGCGUUCCGGCGGCGCCUCCGCCACCCGCUGCUGGGCGGCAGCAGAGGCGGCACCGAGGAGCCCGACACCCGCGCCCGGCGGCUGAAGAUCAAGGAGAUGAUGAAGUUUGCUUGGGAUAACUACAAGCAAUAUGCCUUGGGGAAAAAUGAACUGAGACCUCUCACUAGAAAUGGACAUAUCGGGAACAUGUUUGGAGGCCUCCGGGGUGCCACCGUGGUGGACGCUUUGGAUACCCUGUACGUCAUGGAGCUGCAGGAGGAGUUCCAGGAAGCCAAAGAUUGGGUGGAGCAGAGCUUUGAUUUGAAUGUGCAGAACGGGGAAGCUUCUUUAUUCGAGGUGAACAUCCGCUACGUUGGAGGACUUCUGUCCACAUAUUACCUGACAGGCGAAGAGGUCUUCAAGAGCAAAGCUCUAGAACUUGGAGAGAAACUUCUCCCGGCUUUUAACACACCAACAGGAAUCCCACGUGGGGUCAUCAACCUGGGCAGUGGCAUGAGCUGGAGCUGGGGAUGGGCAUCAGCAGGAAGCAGCAUUUUAGCUGAAUUCGGGAGCCUCCACUUAGAGUUUAUGCACCUUUCAGAACUGUCUGGAAAUUCCAUAUAUGCUGAAAAAGUGAUGAACAUCCGCAAAGUCCUGAAUAGAAUUGAGAAACCUCAUGGGCUUUAUCCAAACUUUCUCAGUCCAGUCACAGGGAACUGGGUACAGCAUCACGUCUCUGUUGGUGGCCUUGGGGACAGUUUUUAUGAGUAUCUGAUCAAAUCUUGGCUCAUGUCAGAUAAGCAAGAUAGCGAAGCGAAAAACAUGUAUGAUAAAGCCCUCGAGGCAAUAGAAAAGCACCUGGUCAAAAAAUCGCCUGGUGGGCUGACCUAUAUUGCCGAAUGGCGAGGAGGCAUCUUGGAUCAUAAAAUGGGGCACCUGGCUUGCUUUUCUGGUGGCAUGAUAGGCCUUGGAGCAGAACACACCACAGAAGAACAGAAACAGCACUAUUUGGAUCUAGCUGGGGAAAUAACGCACACUUGUCACGAAUCUUACAUUCGCUCAGAUACCAACCUGGGCCCUGAAGCAUUUCGUUUUGAUUUUGGAGCGGAAGCAAUGGCGACACGACUCAGUGAUCGUUAUUACAUCCUGCGCCCUGAGGUUGUUGAGAGCUACUUCUACUUGUGGAGGUUGACACAUGACCCCAAGUACAGGCAGUGGGGUUGGGAAGCUGUCCAAGCGCUGGAGAAAUUUUGCCGAGUGGAAGCAGGAUUCUCUGGGAUCCGCGAUGUGUAUACGACCACCCCAAGCCAUGACAACAUGCAGCAGAGUUUUUUUCUGGCAGAGACGUUAAAGUAUCUCUAUCUUCUGUUCUCUGAAGAUGAUGUGCUCUCCCUUCAAGACUGGGUGUUCAACACUGAAGCUCACCCAUUGCCUGUGAAUCACACAGACUUUGUCCUGAAGACCACCAUGCAGUAGGAGCACCUCGGCCUUUCUGGGUUCUGCAAAGGGAUCCCGAGGGGCUGUUUGCAUUUUUUUCCUUUCUCCUUUCCAGUAAAGGAAUGCACAGAUUCCCGGAAAGGUAUUUUGGGGGCAUUCGUCCAAAUUCCGGACAGUAUUAUAUUGGGGAGUAUAAAAACUGUGAAACAAGCACCUUCAUGGGGUUUUUUUUUUCCUCUGUGAGGAAACUUAUAACCUAAUAAUUGGAUGUUGAUUAUGGGCCAUAAGACAGAAAAAAUCAUGGACGUUUCUAUGGAAUCCACGGACUUUUCUAUUGCGUGGCCAAAGGAUCAGGAGUUUGCCAUAAAAUAGAUGUCGGUUUUGUGCCACACUUUUUGCCCCAAACUUGCUCCAUCCUUUUUCAUAUACUGUUGAUUUUUUUUUCACCUUUCUGAUCUAUCCUUUAAAAAAAAAAAGCAGUACGCAUCUUCAGUGGUCCUGAUUAAAAAGUGUUUCUAAAUCCCACCCUUUUCCUCACCUAUUUUUCUGUUCUCUUCAUCUAUUUGCCAACUUCCUUUCUUUUUCUUUUUUCUUUGAUUUCCUGGGUUUUGCUUGAUCACUUUCCUUUGAUUUUGGUUUUCCUUUUUCAUCUGCAGCAAAACGUUAUGAGGCAUUUGUAAUGAUUUCUGUAAUGCUCAGAUGUGAAAAAUAAAAUAAAAAUUCAUGUCGGCUAAAAAAA